AGGCCGCUGCAGUCUACUAUGGACUUGCUGCCACCAGCAGCACGCAAAUAGCGACCAUGAACACAGAAACGGCACACUCCGAACAGGCUGGAAGCCAGAAAUAUAACCAGAUAUGGUCUCAGAUGGGCUAAGCAAAUGAGCUUCGCGUCCCAUGCAACCAUUCCUUUCAAAUAUUUCUGACCUUCUCGAGCUCUAUGUUAUCUUGUAACGCCUUUGUCAGUUCGUCGUCGAGGAAAGAGAAGAAGUUCAGAGUAAUAUCUGCAUGGUUAUUCCUUAUCCUAGUCUUCGUUCUCUGUCUCAAUUCCAAUGCCUCACAACCCUCUUUCUCACACCUCUGCAUCUUAUACCUUCAUUUACACGCUACCGCAGCCAUUCCACUUAGCCGUGCUGCAGCGGAAGGAUCACACUGGAGUUGCACGACAGAGCAGAGGCUCAUGGCAUGGCCGCACACGCUCGGAUUGCAACUCGCCGUGUCGCAAGGAGACAUCUACACUCGCAGCAUGCAAGAAAAAUCGAGAAGUGGGCCUCAAAAAGGAAACCUUUCCGUCAACCUGGUUCACCCAUUAAACCGUAAGAGAUAGAAAAGUCUAGGCCCAAUCUCCCAACAAGUCCUCGCAUUGACCUCUUACAGAUCCUGAAGCACAAUGGCGCGCAACUGUAGCAU